AUGAUGAGAAUAUCCAGUCUAUUACUGUGCAUGCCUCUUGGAGUGGAUACAGGCUUGCAUGUUUUGCAGAAGAUGGAUUAUUUUGUACUCAUCCUGUGGACAUUACCUGUCACCCUCCUGAAAUGCACUUCUAUGCCGUUCCUGACACUCUUGUGGAUUGGAAGCCUAGACAAGACACUGCAGCUCUACUGCUUUUGCUGUGUGUCAUUUGCAGCCUCUUUAGCCAGUGACAGUGGAUUCGGAGGAAUAAAUCAUGAAUAUGUCUUUGUUACGCCGGUGGUAGUUGACUCCAGUGGAGCUUAUAUCUCACACGAUAUUGUGCACAACAGUAGGAAGAAGAGAUCAACGCGAGGUUCAAAGUUUUCCUUACACUACAGAUUUUCAGCAUUUGGACAGGAACUACACUUGGAGCUCCAGCCCUCUUCCCUGCUCUCCAGGCAGUUUGCCGUACAAGUUCUUGGUAAAGAUGGAUUCCUAGCAGAUGUGGAUCAGAGUGUCGAGCCGUGUUUUUAUCAGGGAUUUAUCAGGAACUAUGAGAAUUCCUCCGUGGCCUUAUCUACAUGUGUGGGCAUGUCAGGUUUCUUAAGGACACGCGCAAGUGAGUUUUUCAUAUCGCCAUUGCCGCAGCACCUUGCAGAGAAGCACAAUUUCACCUCCCCGGAAGGACAUCACCCACAUGUACUAUAUAAGCGGUCAGCGGAGAGUGAAGUGGCCCCCCGCAGUGGACCGACUCCUUCCAGCACUGCAGACCGGUCACACAACACUGCACAAAAACAACAUUUUUGUGGAAGACACAAGAAAUAUUUCCCUAGGUUUCCCCGCAAGGACCCCAAUUUAAAACAAAAUGAAUAUGCACGGUCAAAGCGUUCUGCAGCAAAGUCCCAAAGUGAUGGUAGUUUGGUCGUUGAAACCCUUGUUGUGGCAGAUAAAAAAAUGGUGGAAAAACACGGCAAGGAAAGCGUCACCACGUACAUACUGACUGUGAUGAACAUGGUGUCCAGUCUUUUCAAGGAUGGGACUAUUGGAACAGACAUAAAUAUCGUUGUUGUGAGUCUUUUGCUUUUGGAAGAGGAACCAGCUGGGCUUACAAUCAAUCACCACGCAGAUCAGUCCUUAAACAAUUUCUGCCAGUGGCAAUCCGCUCUCUUGGGAAAGAAUGGGAAAAGGCACGAUCACGCCAUCUUGCUGACAGGAUUAGAUAUUUGUUCAUGGAAAAAUGAACCUUGCGAUACUUUAGGCUUUGCACCAAUUAAUGGUAUGUGCAGCAAGCAUCGAAGCUGUACAAUUAAUGAAGACACGGGAUUGGGCCUGGCUUUCACUAUUGCUCACGAGUCUGGUCACAAUUUUGGUAUGGUUCAUGAUGGAGAAGGGAACCCUUGCAGGAAAGCUGAGGGUAACAUUAUGUCUCCUACCCUGUCUGGAAACAAUGGCGUAUUUUCCUGGUCGGCGUGUAGUAGGCAGUAUCUGAAGGAGUUCCUCAGCACAGCUCAGUCCUCCUGCCUUGUUGACGAGCCAAAACAAUUAGGACAUUUCCAGUAUCCUGAGAAGCUGCCCGGGCAGAUCUACGAUGCAGACACUCAGUGUAAAUGGCAGUUUGGACCAAAAGCAAAACAGUGUGGCCUGAGUUUUGUUAAGGACAUAUGCAAGUCUCUCUGGUGUCACAAAUCCAGCCAUAGGUGUGAAACAAAGUUCAUGCCUGCAGCAGAGGGCACGGUCUGUGGCCUAAAUAUGUGGUGCCGAAGGGGCCAGUGCGUGAGAUUUGGAGACCAUGGACCAAGACCUGUUAAUGGAGGGUGGUCGGACUGGUCGGACUGGUCAGAGUGUUCCAGAGACUGCGGUGCCGGGGUGAUGUUUCAGGAGAGGUUCUGCAACAACCCACUACCUCAGUAUGGAGGGAAAUACUGCCAGGGCUCAAGCCGUAUUUAUCAGAUCUGUAAUGUCCAAGCUUGUCCGCCUAGCAGUGUGGACUUCCGGGGCCAGCAAUGUGCGGAAUACAACAGCAAGCCAUUCAGAGGGUGGUACUACAAAUGGAAACCAUACACUAAAGUGGAAGAGGAGAAUAUCUGCAAACUAUACUGUACAGCUGAAGAUUUUGACUUUUUCUUUGCCUUAUCAAAUAAAGUAAAAGACGGAACGCCAUGCUCUGCGAAUGGAUUCGACAUUUGUAUCGAUGGAAACUGUGAGCUUGUAGGGUGCGAUCAUGUUCUUGGAUCAAAAGCAACUUUGGAUGCCUGUGGGGUUUGUAAAGGUGAUAAUUCAACAUGCAAGUUUUACAGAGGACAGUAUAUGAACCAUCACAAAACUAACGACUACUAUCCUGUGGUGACUGUUCCGGCUGGUGCAAGAAGUAUCCAUUUCCAGGAACUUCAACCUUCUACCAGUUACCUCGCUGUGAGAAACCUAAGCAGGAAAUACUACCUGACUAGUGAUUGGACCAUUGAUUGGCCAGGAAAGUUCUCCUUUGCCGGGACUAUUUUUACUUAUAAAAGGUCAUUUCAACAGCUGGAGAGUCUUUACGCGGAUGGACCGACAAAUGAGACCCUAGUCUUGGAAAUCCUUUACCAAGGAAAGACUGGUGGGUUUUCAUGGGAGUAUACAUUACCUACUUCUCCAUAUGAAGACGCACCUGUGAAGAAAUCAAGUUUUUCCUGGGUUUCCGUAUAUACAGAGUGCUCUGCAACAUGUGGCGGUGGACAAAUGACUGCAGAGUUCCUGUGCCUACGAGAUCUUCAGAUUCAAGUAAAUUCCAGCUUCUGUGGUUCCCUGAGCAAACCUCUUCCUGAACCCAAACUGUGCAAUGCUCAGCCCUGUCCAGCCUACUGGUCAACUAGCGACUGGAGUCUCUGUAGUGCCUCGUGUGGUGGCGGUCAACAGACAAGGGUGAUACAGUGUGUCCAGAGGAAAGCCAUGCAAGCGGAAGAAUUGGUUGGACACUCGCACUGCCCAGUGAGCACUCCCAUCCAAGUUCAGAAAUGCAACGUGCAGGAUUGUCCAGCAGAAUGGAGCACAGGACCUUGGGCUCAGUGUUCUCGAUCUUGCGGAAAGGGAGUUAAGAAAAGAGAGGUUUAUUGCCGAAGUAUCAACUCGGAGAAAUAUAAAAUACUUGCAGAAAGCCUUUGUCCAGCCAGCUUGAAGCCAGAGUCCAUAGAGAUCUGUACAUUAGUACGCUGCCAGAAAAAUUACAAACUGCAGUGGGUGAUAUCUGCAUGGACUGAGUGCUCGACAACAUGUGGUCCUGGUGUAAGAAAGCGUGAGCUGAAGUGUGGAGAGAAGGAUAACGACGGCAGACUUGUCACUGUGCCCCAGAGAAGAUGUCGUAAUAUCCGCAAAGUAAAUGUCCCCCUUGAGCAGCCAUGCAGUAACAAGCCAUGUCCUGUGCACACUCCGUACACUGUCUAUUCCGGAUGGCACACUUCUCCAUGGCAACCGUGUACAGUUACAUGCGGUGGAGGUGUUCAAGUCCGAAGUGUCCAGUGUGUCCAUCAAGGUAGACCUGCAGUGGGAUGCUUGCCCCAUCAGAAGCCACCAACUUCUCAAGCUUGUAACAUAAACUUCUGCCCUUCUUCCGGGCCACAAGAAGAUCCGUCAUGCAUAGACUAUUUCACCUGGUGCUCCCUUGUCCCUCAACAUGGAGUCUGCAACCACAAAUUCUAUGGGAAGCAAUGCUGUAAGUCGUGCACUGGAAAAAAACACUACAGUGACACUGGAUGACUUUUCAGCAGUGGUGAUUUUUUUUCUUGAUCAUCGUGGCACAAAUUCCCUCUGUGCUGAAAUUCAUACAAUCAAAAAUAUAAUCAUCUCAAAAAUAUUUUUGAUCUUCAAGUUGGAAACUUUAAAUUAAGUUUUAAGUUAACAGAAAAGUACCAGAUCAUCAGAUUUUUCUAAAAUGUACUAUUCCCAGAUGCAUUCCUGCAAUGAACACAGCAAUGCUAAACACAUACCGAAAGGAAAUUGCAUUCUGUGGUAACUUCAGGAAACUAACAUGGCCACCAGUUGGAACAUCGAGAGGGGAUGUGUGCCUAAUCAUGUUGGUGCACUGCAGCACUUGUUAGAAACUUUUCUUAGGAAGCAUUUUAAAAUUUCAGAAUUGAUGCAAGUGACUGUAAAAAGGAGACAAGACUUUAAUACUACUGGUGGCCAACUUGUGUGAAGAAGGACUAUGAAAUUUUGUAGCCGAACAGUCAACAAUGGGUGGAUGUCAAUUUUUGCUGGAGUGGCUCAUAAUUGUUGAGACCAACAUGGACUGUAUCUUAAAAACUUAUAAAUUAAAGCCAUAGAUUUUCCAAAUGAUGAGCCAUACAUGGAAUAAUUUACUGUACCGAAAUAGCCGAACAGUGGUCAGACAAAGCUGAAGAUAUGCACAGAUGACUGUGUUCUUUGGCUGGUCAAACAGUCUGCUUCUCAAGUAAUUUUGAGAUCUAGAUUAAUAAAGUUUAUUGUAAAAAUUCUACAAAUGUUCCUCCUGCUUGAACAGGGAUGUAGAUAUAGUCCUGCGUGGUGCUUGCACCUUGGUGGAAUGAUUCUUUGGUGAAUAUUAAAAUGCCUUGCUAAUGUAAAAAAAUUAUAUUAUUAUCAAGAUAUGGUGCUUUUUCUACCUUGCUGCUGGAAAAGCAGGGUUCUCAUCUACUAUUAUGUGUUGAUUACUCAGAUCACUUGUUGUCCUUCUCUGCACAGCUAAUUCAAUGUUUCUUUUUACUUUACUGUAGUAAAUUAAAUUAAGGUACAAUGACAAUUACAAAUAAUUCACCAGGUAGUAUUUUUCGAUACUGUACUGUAAGCCUUAAAUUAAUCUGGUAUAGAACAUAUAAUUAAACAAAAUGGUGCUAUGUCUAGAGAGAGUAAAAUAAUUUGGCUGCUAACUAUUUUACAUGUUUAGAGAUAAUCUGUAUUAUGACGCUGUUGUUUGGAGGGAAGAUGGAUAAGACAGUCUGUCAGAUGCCCUUUCACUGAGUAAAGAAAUACUGAAGUUCCUCUAGGCUUAUCGUGGCUACAUCUCAGUGUUUCCAAGGCUGUAGAUUAUCAAAAGUUGAGUUCUUUCAGCAUUGCUGACUGAAGAAUUCUACAGUAGAAAGGUCACAUAGAAAGAGAGACAUCAGCUUGAGCUAUUGGAUGGAGAACUGUGCCUGGUUUCUUCAAAUUUAGCAUCUCUUUAGAAAAAAUGUCAUUGAAGUGCCAAAACCAGAAGGGCUCAGACAUGGUUGCGUCCUACUAUAAUUUUAUGAGGCGUGGCAAGGUAUAUUUAUGGACUUCUGCUUAAUCCCACAAGUUAUCAUCAACAAGUGGAGUUUAGUUUAGCUACAGCACUAAAUGCAAUAUUUAAAACUAGGAAAACUUGAGAAAACUGGUAUAUACUUAACUCAUGCGUCUACUCUAGACCCUUUACUCAUGGCAAACAAUUUAUUUAUAAAUAUUAUGUAUAAAUUAAAAAAAGUUUAACAUUUAUUUAGGGCUUCUAC